AUGGAAGGUCCGAGUUUGGGCUCGAAAUAUACCUGCAAGAGUGUCAGCUCUUUAGGAAGUCACAGUACCAUUUAUGCGGGCUUGAUUAUCGACGCCGUACUCGAUUCAGCUAUUUUGAAGGGGAAAGUCACCGAGUUGGUUGGGUUAUGGCCAAUACUUGGCGGGGAUUUAAUCAAAGACGCAAAACCAUGGUCUUUCACCUGUGGCUCGACUGUCGAUUACACCAGCAGGACUAUUGACCAAGCCCUGACCGUGUAUCUUCCAAUUCAUGACAAACAACAUAGCAAUGAGCCAACCAUUAUGAAAAUCUCGGAACUACCCGAAGUUGAAGAGAAAUUCAUAUACGAUGUCUCCCCCAGCUCCACAAACAGUUUCCGCCUUCGCGUUACUCUCCUUCAAGAUGCUACUUUGCUCUGCUUUGGAAUCGCGCACCAUAUUUGUGACGGCAAUGAUUGCUGGGAAGUGAUCAGAGCAUCUUGUGAUCUACUUUCUAAUAAGCCAAUCCCUUUGUUUGCUCUACCACCCGACGUCGGGGAUGUCCGAAUGUCUGAUCUGAUGAAAGCCAAAAAUGAGCGCACCGAAACGGAAUCUAAUUUCCACCACCAGAUGCACACGCAGAACUGGGACAGUGGAAUAUUUAAGCUAGCAAUAAUUGUGUGGCGCGUGCUGCUGACAGUCCUUGCUGUGAAGUUUGGAUUCCGUGAGGAUUUCAAAACCAAGUUUAUCUACAUUCCAGGCGCAUGGGUCGAUGAAUUACGGAUCAAAUCACAGGAAGAACUGAAAGAUGGUUCCCGUGAGAUUCAACUCACACGGAAUGAUGUUAUCGCUGCAUGGUAUCUUAAAUGUGUCUAUUCCCAUCAACCAGCAGCGACGUCUCCUAAUCCAGUGGACUACUUUGGGGUUAUCAACUUUCGCCGGUUUCUUGCGCCCCCGAAGGCUGGAACUUACUAUAUCCGUUGUAGUGUUGGGGCCCUUCGGUGUAACUUCUCUGUUCAGCAGCUGAAAAGGGCAUCAGUUGGUGAGAUUGCGCGGGAUAUACGCCUCACGACACUGCAAUAUACAUCCUCAGGAUCAGUCCAACAGAGCCUUCGAUUCUCAGAAGAUCAUUCAUCAAAGACCCUCUCGUUAGCCCUGCGUGGGACUGGAAAUCUAGGCUUAGCUGUCGUGUCUCACUGGACAACUUUUGACUAUGCAGGUCUUGAUUUCUCCGGAGCCAUUCCUAACAGGCAAAAAGCGUCAGUUUUAUUUGUCAAUCCUAUGAUUGUAAACACAUUGAAACUCAACAUAGUACCGGUGGCUGUCGUCACGAAGGAUGGGUCUGGAGGAUACUGGAUUCGCGCUACAAAUACGUCAACUGGCUGGGAACGGUUCAGCCGAUCUAACAGCAUGGAAAUUCUGUUCCCUAUACAGUAA